AUGGAGAGGGCCCUUGUCCUUCUGCUUGUGACCCUUGCUGCAGUGGCGUAUGCAGCUCCUGGGCCCCGGGGACUUUUUCUUAACCUGGAUGACGGCGAGAUCUGCAUUAACAGCAUGCAGUGCAGCAGCAAAUGCUGCCAGCACGACACCAUCCUGGGCAUCGCCCGCUGCACCCACAAGGCCAUUGAGAACAGCGAGUGCUCCCCACAGAGCGUCUAUGGGGUUUACUACAGGUGUCCCUGUGAGCGGGGCCUGAGCUGCGAGGGGGACAAGACCAUCCUUGGCGCCAUCACCAACACCAACUAUGGCAUCUGCCUUGAUGUCGGGCGCUCCAAGCAGUGA